AUGGUAGUGACAAGCAGGCCGUUUUCCCCGUGGGAGAGCCGGUCUGUGACAAGUGGCGACACUAUAAGCCUCUGGAAUACAAGCGCUAGCCGCAAGAGGUCAGAUACCGCUCAGCGUAUAUGCAACAGCAUUGAGUGUACAGAUGUAUCUCGAGCGUCCCUAAGGGAAACCAGUACGGUCGCCCCUGGAUCAGCUAUACAGGGGCGCUCAAUUAGGGUACUGAGCUGCGAUUAUAGGGGCAGUGAUGCAACUAUUCAUGAGCGUUGGAUUGGUAAUGUGAUUACUAUGGAUAGUCAAUCACGAGAUGGAACUAAGACUAUGUUAUCGACUUUAAAACUUGUUGUCGAUAUUGUAUAUGUAUGUCUGUUAUCACAGACAUUGGAAAUAAUUCAUGAGAUUGCUUAA